AUGAAUGAUUCAUUUUUGACUGAUGUGUCAUGUAACAUUAUAUGCAAAAUACAGCUGGUUGUGACCCCCUUUGUGAUGCUCGAAGCCUCUUUCGCCUUUCAUGCAUAUUCACGUCGUUUGCUUAACGGGUUGGUCCAAUACGUUUGUGGGUUAAAACUGAUUGAACAGGCUGGAACAAACAGAGGUUGUACUCAAAUACAACCGCCAAUUGUUACAGUGACCACUGGGCCUGGCGCUAAAGUGUGUUCAAGAGAAUCAAUUAAAGGUAAAAACGCCAUGCAGAGCGAUGCAGCACAGAUGCAGCCUGCUUCAUGUCCACCAACAACAUAUUCUCCCUCCGUAUCUGCCCAAGACAAUAUUUCCUGCACUACACGGCAUUCUCAUCAAAACAUAGCGGGCCCAUCAGGCCUGCGCUCUUCUCGGCCUAAAAAAACAGAAGGUAUUCGUGUUCGUACCCCACGAAGGGCAGCGUUUGCAUCAACAGGUGCGCAUGUUAGGUACCAGAACCUUGGCCGUCCAACCUUCACGUGCCAUAAUUGUGCGGCGAUCAUGUGGUAUGAAGAGAGGAAUAAAAAUGCAAAGUCGUCUGAUGGGACGACUUUCUCUUCGUGCUGCCAGGAUGGCAAGGUUUUGCUUGCUCGCCUUCUUGAUCCGCCUGAACCAUUAAGAUCAUUACUUGAUUAUAACGACCCGUCGACACUUAGAUUCAGAGAACAGAUUAGAGUUUACAAUAGCAUGUUCUGUUUCACAUCGUUUGGGGGAAAGAUUGAUCAUGCUAUAAACAGUGGUCGAAGCCUAUACACCUUCCGAAUAAGUGGGCAGAACUACCAUCGAAUAGGCUCCAUGUUGCCAGUUGAAGGUGAGCAACCAAGAUAUGCUCAGCUGUAUUUCUACGACACGCAAAACGAAGUUAAAAACCGUAUAACUGCUUUGUUUGGCCAGACCCAUUGUCACGACACAUGUGACGAAGCAAUUGUUGCGUCCCUAAUCAGAAUGUUAGACACCCACAGUCCUUUGGCAAACGCCUUCCGCAUGGCACGUGACUGGUGCACUCAAAAUGAAAGAAACAAUUGUCAUCUACGCUUACUUGGCCAGAUAAUAAACAAUCCACAAUACAACCGCCCUAAUGUGUCUGAAGUUGCUGUUCUUAUCACAAACGACUUUGGGGACAACCCUGAACCACGUGAUGUUAUCGUUAGCCCAAAGCACGGCGCGCUUCAACGCAUAUCGGAAUUACAUCAGCUUUACAUGCCUUUGCAAUAUCCGCUGUUGUUCCCGUACGGAGAGACCGGGUUCCACGAACGAAUACACUACCAUGACAACACAGGACGCCGAGCCACUAAACGACAAUGUGUCACAAUGCGGGAAUACUACUGCUACAGAAUCCAUUAUCGCAAUACCGAAGGCACCACCCUGUUAAGAGGCGGUCGUUUAUUCCAACAAUACUUAGUUGACUCAUACGCAGCUAUCGAAGAACAAAGAUUGCGCUGGAUGAGGAAUAACCAAAACGAACUGCGUGUUGAACUCUAUCAUAAUGUUUGUGACGCUGUGACGCGUGGGGAUACAAAUGCCAAGGCUAUCGGCCAACGUAUAGUUUUACCGGCAACCUUUACGGGCAGUCCAAGAUAUAUGAUCCAAAAUUACCAAGACGCCAUGGCUCUAUGCCGCACUUUUGGGAACCCCGACCUGUUUGUAACAUUUACAGCUAACCCAAAAUGGCCUGAAAUCGAUGACAUGGUAUCUCUCAUACCCGGCCAAAAGUCUCAUGAUCGUGCAGAUGUUGUAUCACGCGUUUUUAAACUAAAGCUUACCUCCUUGAUUGAAGAUAUUAUGAAGAAACAAAUCUUUGGUAGCUGCGAAGCAGCUGUUUAUACAAUUGAGUUUCAGAAACGAGGCCUACCACACGCGCACCUUUUGUUGUGGCUUGAACAUUCUGUCGAGUCACGCACACCGGCUGGCAUAGAUGAUUUGAUUUCUGCAGAGAUCCCAUCGGAAAUGGACGAUCCAUCCGGCUAUAAGGCCGUAACAGAUUACAUGUUGCAUGGCCCAUGUGGAAACGAUGCGCGCAGUGCUCCAUGUACAACAGAUGGAAAAUGCAUGAAACACUUUCCGAAACCAUUUUACCAAGAAACAACAAUUGACGAAGACGGUUACCCGGUUUAUCGCCGACGAGAUACCAAGAUCUUCUUUAAGAAGGGCAAAACGAAGCUUGAUGACCGGUUUGUCGUCCCAUACAACCGCUACCUCCUCUUAAAGUACGAAUCUCACAUCAAUGUCGAAUGGUGCAACCAAUCCCGAGCGAUAAAAUACCUGUUUAAAUACUUGAACAAGGGGCCAGACAGGGCUACAAUGGUUGUUCAGGAAAACAUUGGCAAUAACGGUGAAAAGCGUACACAACAGAUUGUUAAGGUUGAUGAGAUUAAAAACUAUCUGGAUUGCCGGUACUUAUCACCAUGUGAAGCUGUGUGGAGGAUGCUUGCAUUUCCUAUACAUUACUCAUUCCCAUCCGUCAUGAAACUAACGUUCCAUACACCUGAUCAACAUCUGCUCACGUUACGUGAUUCAGACAGCUUACCGGCAUUGUUAAACCGGGACGGGAUACGAGACACGAUGUUCACCCAAUGGUUCGCGCUAAACAACAGAGAUGAAGCGGCAAGAAAGUUAACGUACGCCGAGAUACCAACAAGGUAUGUGUGGCAAGAGGAUAACAAGGUUUGGAAAUCGCGGUUGGAACGGACAGCCAUUGGGCGGAUUGUGUAUUGCAAUCCAGCAGCUGGGCCAAAGUAUUAUCUAAGAAUGUUGUUGGGGAUUGUGAGAGGGCCUCGAAGUUUUGAAGAAAUAAAAACGGUCGACGGAGUCGUAUAUGCAACGUUCAAAGAAGCCUGCUAUGCGUAUGGCUUGCUUAAUGAUGACAAGGAGUGGAAUGACGCCCUGUCAGAGGCUAAAUUAUGGGCGUCCGGUUCCCAACUACGGGAAUUGUUUGUUACCAUGUUGUUGUUUUGCGAAGUGAAUCGUCCGGCGCAACUCUGGGAAGAAAAUUGGGAGAUACUAUCUGAUGAUAUUUUGUACCAAAAACGUAGGCUUUUCAUGUUCCCAGGGUUACAUUUAUCUGACGACCAACUUAAGAACUACUGCCUGAUCGAACUAAAUGAAAUAUUAGAGAAAAAUGGAAAAUCGUUAUCGGAUUUCACAGAUAUGCCUCAGCCAGAUACGUCGCUCCUCGAUAAGAUGGAUAAUCGUCUAAUUAGGGAAGAGUUGAGUUACAAUAAAAAAAGAUAA